AUGUUGGGCAACUACGACAUUAGCACCGCGAAAGAAAGUAUUCUCAAGGCUAAACCUCGAAAACUCUUACUCCCACUCGUAUAUCUCACACUAAUCAUCCUAUUCAUCCGAACCGCAAUCUCACAUUCUAAAUAUCAUGGCAACCCAUGGGACGCCGUCUCCCCAGCCAACAGUUCAAAUCACACAACCCCCUCAGACCUGCUCUCAACCCCCUCAUCAAAAGCAAUCGACUCCUCCAAACCCCAACCCUUUACCGCCAACAUAACCACCAGCACCAAAGUCGCCGUGAUAAUCGAAACGCGCCGCUCCGGCAACAUCAUCCCGCUAAUCCUCCACUUCAGCGCCGUACUAGGCCCCACCUGGCCUCUCCUAAUCUACACAUCCGCCGAAAACUUCGGGUCAUUCUCGACCUCUGCCGCACUCCUCCGACACCAAGCAUCGGGGCGCAUCAUCGUGCGUGCGCUGGCACCCGGCACCUGGUUCUACAAUUGGGACUCGGUAUCUGCGUUUUUGACAACCAAGUGGUUGUGGGAGGAUCUGGCGCCCGCGAACCAUAUAUUGUUGUUUCAGACCGAUAGCAUGUUGUGUGCGAAUGCGGCGCGCAGCGUGGAUGAUUUUCUGGAGUAUGAUUUGAUUGGGGCGCCUAUCGAGGCGAGGUUUGGGCAGGGUUAUAAUGGGGGGUUGAGUAUGCGGAAUAGGAAUACGAUCUUGAGGGUUUUGGAGGAGUGGAAGUAUAGUGAUAAUCCGCAUCCGGCGGAGGAUCAGUGGUUUUAUGCUAGGUUCAAAGAACUACAAGAGAGAGAAAUUGAAGAAGGUAUCGAAGAUGGAAUUAAUCUACCGAGUAUGGAAAUUGCGAGGACCUUUGCUGUGGAAACGAUUGAUCAUCCGCAUCCUCUAGCAUUUUUGUUAUUUGCGUGGGUAUUGUAUUAUACGGAUUCUUUACUUACACCGGGUGAAGUGAAGGUGCAUAAUGGGAAGGAGCCUGAGAAGACGAAGGGUGUUUUUCGUGGAAGUGGUGGAAAUGGUGGAAGCGGUAGAACUGGCCGAACGAAGAAUGAUGGAUUGGCAAGGUUGGAGGAGAUGGGGAGGGAGGAGGGAAUGAGUGGCCCCGGGGACGCGAGUCCGCAUGAGCAGAUGGUAAUAAAGAAGAAGGAAGAGGAGGACAAAUUGAAAAAGGAGAAAGAGAAGGAAGAGGAAAGAGAGAGGGAGGAGGAAGUGCAAAGGAAGAAGGAAAUGGCGGAGGAGAACAUGAAGAAAAUGGAAAAAGAGGCAGAGGAAAAAGAAGCAGAGGCACAAGAGGCGGAGGAAAAGGAGGCAGAAGCAAAAGAAAUAGAGGAAGCUGCGAAGAAAGAUGCCAAGGAAGAGGAAGAAAAUAAGGAUAUAGAAAAAGGAGAGGAAAACUCUCUCCAAACUCUCUGCGAAACCACCUCCUUCCAACCUGGUCUCUACCUCCAAUGCCACUCCUGGUCCGGUCCCAACGGCACCUCCAUCGAUGGGGGCCUAAACAACGCCCGCAACCGCAUCCAAACCUGUCUCCGCCUAGCCCUCGAUCUCGGUUCCGGCAUCAUCAUCCCCACCGUGCAAACCCAACGCCAGCGCGAAUCUCCCUCUCUAGUCAGCGGCGACAGCGUGUGCGCCGAUGUAUAUUUCGACAUAUCAUUUCUACUUCAGGAAAUGAGUUCUUUAUGUCCUGGAAUGGAAAUGCGACGAUGUGGAGAUACGUCGGGAAUAGCGGAGGAAAGAAUUAUACAAAUGGGGCAGAGGCAAUAUCAUGAAGAUAGUUACCACAUUGGGACAUUCAAAUCGGCCAUAACCACACAUCUAGAAUCUCUCUCUCUGCCCCUCUCCUCUAUAUCAACCGAAAACCCCGUAGCAGUGGGCUUUGGCGACACCAUGUUCGCAUACAACUACACGUAUGACUCGGAGCAAGCACUGCAAAAACAACUCUUCCAUACCAUAAAAUACAACCCGCAACUUCUGCAUCUCGGAUCACAAAUCCGAGAUACGGCUCCGCUGCGCGACGGAUAUAUCGCCGUACAUCUGCGAGGCGAGACGGACUGGCCUUCAAAUUUCGGGUCUCGAGAAGAACAGAUGGAGUACUUCACGCGGGAGAUCGAGCUCGCAACUGCUGAGCAUGGUUCUGCAAAGGGUAUCAAGGCCGUUUAUGUUAGCUGUGGGGAUAGCGGUGCGAUUUCCGAUUUUCGUGAGCGACUCUCGGCGCUCGGAUAUCUGGUUUAUGAUAAAUGGGAACUGGUAUCUUCCCUCCCUUCCAUUUCUUCCCAACUACAAGAAUUAGAAUUUGAUGCCGCGGCUAUUGUUGAAUAUCCAGUUUUGGUUGAAGCGGAGUUGUUUCUGGGGGUAUUGAUGUCGACUUUUUCGCAGACGAUUGCUUAUGAGCGGACAGCUGGGGAUGAGGAGGGUUUUUGGGAGACGUAUAUUACACCGGGGAGUAGACGGAAUGAAGAAGGAGGAAGGGUGUGGGAUGAUGUGCCUUCUUUGAAAGGUGACGAAACGGCCAAGUUGUUAGUGGUUAAUUCAGGGGAUAUCAGUAAUAUGGAUUCUUAUCCUUGA